AUGGUUGUCUUGUCUUUCUAUUUCUUGUAUCGUGAACCCACUUCUCGCUACGAACCUUCACCUCGCAAGCCCGUCUACGACCAGGCACUUGAAUCCCAGCUUGACAUCACUGAGCGAGAGUAUCGUCGUCGUACAGACCCUACUUACGACGUCAGCGUCUCGUCCGGCCGUCGCCACCAAGCUCCCGUAGACUCUUACCAAGCCUACCAGCCCCAACAGACUUCCGACGUCUCUGUCCAAAGGUCCAAGACCGAGAUCGACGUCUCCUACGACAAGGCCUUUUCUCCUAAGCCUCUCGAAACUCACAAGGGAGACUCCUUCAGCCGCCGUGAGCUUACUGUAGAGUCUGUUCCUGCUCGUCCUUCCUCCGCGGCUUCUAUUUCUCAAGUCAAGGUCCUCAAGCCUUACACCGCCAUCGAUCAACCCCCUGCUCGCAAGAUGGGUUACUACGACGACGACGGUAACUACCACUCCUUCCGCCGUGGUGUGGAGCGUGCUGUCGACCGCAUCGCGCAUCCAUUCCACCACCACCAUCAUCACCAUGAUCGUGAGGAAGUAGUCAUCGCUGACGAACGUGGCCCAGUUCGUUACCGUGAUGGCGUCCGUGAGGAUGUCCGUAUCGUCGAGCCCCGCGCCGGCGGUGUCGCUGCGGAAUCCGUCCCCAUCCCCUGCCACUUCAUCCGCAUCGGCGACAUCCUGAUUCUCCAGGGUCGUCCCUGCCAGGUGAUCCGGAUCUCCGUCUCCCCCCAGACCGGCCAGCACCGCUACCUGGGUGUCGACCUUUUCACCCGUCAACUGCAGGAGGAGUCCAGCUUCGUCUCCAACCCCUCUCCCUCGGUUGUUGUUCAGACCAUGCUCGGUCCCGUCUACAAGACCUAUCGCAUUCUGGACCUCCACGAGGAUGGUAGCAUCACCGCCAUGACCGAGACUGGUGAUGUCAAGCAGGCCCUGCCCGUCGUCACCCAGGGUCAGCUUUUCCGCAAGAUCCGCGAGGCUUUCUCUGAGGGCCGCGGUAGCGUCCGUGCUCUCGUUAUCAACGAUGGUGGCCGUGAGCUCGUCGUUGACUACAAGGUCAUCCACGGUUCCCGUCUGUAA